AGACUACGUACGCAGGAGCUCCUCUUGAAGUAAAAACAAUUUUUUGUUUACAAUUCCAACUUCUCACUGUGUUGCUCUAAAACAAAGUGCAAAUCUUGCCUCUGCCUACUACCAACACUCAAGAUUUUUAACUCGAAAAACAUCCCUGUAAACAAAAUUGCAAGCGCUAAGGUUACGCUGCCUCGCGCUAUUUCGGAAGCUAUUUUCUUGUUUUUCUUUUUGUAGUACUCGCGCCCGCGCGCUACUAAAUCUUACUAAUAUCAAUUACUUUUUCAUGGCAUCGCCAAUUCGGUAGUAAAAGACUUUACAUCAAGCGUUUUCAAAUUCAUACACCUCAAAAUAGAGACCGGCGCAAGUUACAACAUCAUGGUGUGGAAGAAGAUGGCCCCGUGUGUUUCGUGGAAUUUCGUCGCGGCCUUGUUCGUCCUGGUAGCGGUUGAGAAUGGCGCAUUCUGUGGGUGCCAAGCGUUGGAGCUCCAGGUUGGCAUGAAUGCUAUUCGGCGCCGCGGUAGUCGGUGUCGGAGUGGUCGGCAUCAUCACGCUGCUCAUCGUCCCGCCUCCAGCAGUAGCAGCAGUGUACCCAAUCCGGAUGCCGCAAAUCAUGGGCAGACCACUCAGAGUGCAACCAGCGACCUAGAGGACUUCUUCGCCCCUAUCCCGCUCCACUCGGGAGGAGCAGGACCACGAGGAGGGGCGCGGGAAGGGGCGUCUAGCGCUAGUAGCAGUAGUACUAGCACACGAACUCCGAAAGCCGUAAGAACGCCUUCGCAGGAUCACCAUGAAGAUGCGCCGCCGGCCGGGGACGCAAUUCGCCGGGAACACCCUCUUGAACCUGUUGGCGCGCGGCUGGCGUAUUCUGCAGAUUUUGCAAAUCUCCUCGCCCAGAAAACGCUUUAUGACGCGACAACUGCCGGCCGGCGCACCAUGCCCGUUACGGCAGCUGCCGGACCGCGAGCUCCACAAGGGUCACCCUCCCAGGGUCGCCAGGUUACAGCACCGAAGGCGAUGGGAAUUGCAGCUGUUGGAGAGGAGCGCCUAGGGACAGUGGGUCUGGGGUCCUUUUUGACUGAGGAUGGAAAGGCAUGCCUAGCCAUGGCCGGGCGCGGCUGGCCGUGGACCGCCCGCAACGAGACUGAGCGCUUGGAACUUUCUGCGAAAUUGAUGAUUGUCACCUUUGCGCGGAACUUUCUGCAGAGCCUGCUGGCGUACCGCCCUGAAGAGAGGCCGCACAGCCACGGGUUUGGCCGUCGAGUACAGGGGGAGCCGAGCGCAAGCGAAAGGCGGGUCGGUCCUCAUUUGUCGCCGCAAGAGCUCUUGCUCACGGUUCCGCAGCAUGGGCCGUGGAUGCAUGAGUACACUCCGAACCAGGUGCCCCGCCAGGGGUUUCCACCGAUAACGGAAGAGGGGCUCUCGGCAGCUCUGCUCCGAGGCCGACCAUUUUUCAAGCCGCCCGUUGCGAUGUGGCGCAGUGGUUUCGUGAUUGAUGAAGCUGAACAAGAAGACAGCGCGCUGGAGGGGCCGGUCCGAAGGAAAGCUACAACCUCCGUUGUUUUUCGCCUCGAGAGCCGGGAACAAGUCAGCUACUACCGAACGGUCGACUACGACCGGGGCGAAAAUCAACCCGACUAUAGGCCGCGGCCGCAAUAUGCACAGCUUGUUGACGACGCUGGGCAGCCCGAUGAGCGUUCAUACGUUCGUGUUACGAAGCCGAAGUUUGUCGCUGAGUUUGAAUUCACGCUCAACACGACUCCAGGGAACAACGAAGUGGCCGAACUUGCGAGGGCCGACAUCCUGCUACGGCACGCGCCCUCCGAGCCUUGUGACCGCAGCCAGGCAACGCAAAUGUGGGCGUCGCGGGUCGUCAUCGCUCCUGCGCUAGUAGGACCACGAGUGCCUCCCGGUGCCGGUCCUGACGAUAAUUAUUUCUGUACCGCCGUGGACGGGGACCACCGCCGCAAAUUUGCGGGCUACUCGGACCCCACAGCUGACUUUCCAGCUCCGACAUCGGGCAAGCGCUAUCGUAUCCAAAAUUGCUCCUUUGAGGAAAUGGGAGGCGUUCUCGGGGCGGGGAUUGGGUUUGGGGAGAGGAGCCUGUAUGCGCCGCCGGAGGUGACUCGAAAACCGGAAUUCGGCGAAGCACUACACAACAUGAACGAGAACUAUUUCGCAUAAGUGCAGCAAUAUUUGAUACUUUUUGUUGGUGUGGUGAUGUUUUGCAUUUCAUUUUUUUUUUCUGCGGUUUUGCUUUUGUUUCCUUAAUUUUAUUUAAUUGACUAUUCGUUAUCUUAUGUUUAUUGUCUGACUUUGUUUUCUCCCCACAGCUCCUAAAGUUGUGUCUGUUUCUUGACGAUUUUGCCUUGCAAAAGCUGGAGGUUUUGGAACAUUCAUUGCAUCUCGUGUUACACUAAAAUUUUCAAGCAUUCAUUAGCUAUACUAGCUUAGAAAGAAGGAGAAGCACUUCCUGACAAAAACACCUAUGGUGGAAGUAGAUGGUAGGCGCCCUUCCGAGCCAGUAGCGGAACGGCGCAAGUAGUGAUUGUAUAAUGAUCUUCGAAGGCGCAUCAAGUAGUGUUUGUAUAAUGAUUUGAACAUCACUCUAACUUUGGAUUUUAAGUGUAGUUUUUUAACAACAACAUGAUCAUCAACGAGAAAGGUCGAGAAAAGUAGUAGAAAGAGGAAACGAACAAAGAAUCGUAGUUGUAGCCAGAUUUUGUUAUUUUUCUUUGAGUUAGCAGGUAGUCUUAUUCCCGUUUAUUUUUGAAGAGAGCACAAGAGCAGUCGCAGUUCCAGUUUUUUCAGCGCUUGUUCUGGUGCAAAAGGGGACUUUUAUUGAAAUAGCGCUAGUAGAGAAAAAAGGCGAGUAAACGCGUUCCCACCUUGACGCAUAAAUACAAACAAACCAACAUCUUCGAAGGCCAGUGAUUUUUGGGUGUAGUAGUACUGUAGGAUGUGUACUGUACGAUGAUCUUCAUCAUAUUCAUAGGCCGCUGUCUUUUGGGUGCACUGGCCAACAAUAACGAUCGAAGACGUUGGGUCAACAUGUAUGAUGAUGGAAUUAUUUUUGGACUGAAAAAAGCAGAAGGUGAAGGUGUAUUAGAGAAUGAAACGAG